AAAACUAGUUGUGAACAACAAUAUGUGCGUAUAUAUUGCAUUAUUGAGACAUGUUUGACAAAGUAACAUGUGAGGCAGCACGUGACGACACGAUUUAUGUUAGAACGUAAAAUAUUCACUAAGUUGAUUGGUUGAAACAGUUCGUUCAAACGAACCGUUUGAAAGAACCGAUUCGCCAAAAUGAACUACGACUUUCCAUCGCUGGACAAGUAAACCAGCUCGUACACAUCAGAGACUACACAACGACAAUGAAGUUUCAUGAAGUUAUCUCAGUGAGAACGACUUAAAUCCGUUGGACUUUAACUAGCCUGUAUUUUCGCACUUUGUCGAGCUUUUUAUGUGCUGAAACGGGUAAAGUUCGAGCGUGUUUGUGCCGGGCGCAAGUGAACAGGAAUGUGAAGCUGGCUUCAACAAGAAACCUCAAAUGUUUUUGCAACUGAAGCAGAAAGACUGCGAUGUCUGGAAGAUGUAACUGUAUGUCCUUACGGCAGUCGUACAAAACUAAAGAUUUCAGGUCGCAGGUAUGUUUAAUUAUGCGGUUUCACCGUUUGACAUCGACAGAGUUUAGCGUUUACAGCUGUGGAGUCGAUCGGCUUGUUCAGACAUGCUAACCGACGCCGUUUCGCCUGAGGAAAAUGCGUUUAGAGCUCAAAAAUGAAAGAAACCCCAUUGCCACAGUAAUGUCUUUUUGUUUUUAAUUUUAUUUAAAAAUUAAAUUCUCUUCCUGUCAUUGAGUGACUUAAACGGGUGUGGCCGUAGGUUGUUUUCUGGUUGAUUAGUUCUAAUACAAACACGCCUUAAUACAGGUCUGUUGAGGUGUCAUUGUUUAGAUGCCUACUUAUACUUAUAUGUCGUCUUAAAGGCACACUAACGUAUGUUUUUGACUUUUUAAACCCAUACCUUUAGAUUUAGAGAUAGCUGUACUUAUCAAUGCUUUAUACCAUAGUUAUUAAUGUGUAAUUAUCAAUUACAUUAGCUUUUACCCCCUCAUACUGACACUUUAAUACAUAGUUAAUGUUAUAGCAUUUUAAUUUCCUCUUUUGAGCAUUUUAUAGUAAUACUGCCAUUAUGACCGCAGUCGUAGGGCGAGUUUGGGGGUGGGUCAGUCCUGUGAAUCUGUACUCGUCCUGGGGCAGUCAAACCAAACCUGAGAAACCCCCAACAACGGACAUUCAGACUAAAAGCAGAUGGGGGUUAUGGGGACUCACAGGCUGGGUUUGGCGGGGCGAAAACAGCAAAAAGGACCAAAAGACAAUCACUGAGGAAUUCUGGGAGACCCAGGAGACUUUAAAGCCUUUGGAAGUCGAAGAGCUGAGAGCUGAUGUUGAGAUCGACGAACCGGCAGUUCAAAGCUCACGCUGGUAUAGUCGAAUGCUCCCGUCCAGAUACUUUUUUUGGCCCCGCUGGUCGUCAUCCACCACGCUCCACCAGCGUAAAUGUGCUGGGUGGAAUGAAGGUACAUGGGACAGCGAUGAAGUCGACGGGCAGUCGGAUUACGGGACGCCCCCGCCGUCUCCCACCCCGCUGUCCCAGCAGCAAUCAGCAUUCCAGUUCUUCUCUCGCUCGUGGACGGGCCAAAUUGUGCCUGAACAUUACGAUAUUUGCUUUAAUUUUCUUCGCCACCUCUUUGACUUGUUUGUUGUGGGCUUUCUGACUACCGUAUCACCUCCAACCAAGUUUAUUUUGGAUGUGGUGGGGGUGCAGGGGACCCUGAAGUUGUGGCUCCACGGGAUGGCCAUGUUUCUAGUGUCGUCUGUUGGGAUGGCCGGACUGCUGUGGGUUGUUCAGGAGUACCUGUUGCACUUUGCAGUGAUCUAUGGUAUCGUGCAAGCGAUGGUCAUCUCUGUCAGCGUACGCCAGAGCGAAGCUUUGGCAGAGGGGGAUGAUGGGAAAGGCGACGGAGGGGUCAAAGAGGGUGAGGAGGAACAGGCCGACACAUGGGAGCAAAAUGAGCCACAGCAGACAGCUGACGAAAGCAAGAAAGGAGUUAAACAAAGGAGCUGAAGUCGUGCAAAAAGUGUAUUUUGGGUUGUCGACAUGCUGAUAGUCCAGGAUCUUUCAUUGAGAAUUUGACUUCACUUCACCAUUGACCACCAACAACUCCCAAGCGACUGAAGAGAAACCUAAAUGUACCAGCACCUCUUUCCCUCCACCAAUAGAAGUUUUUGCUUACUUUAAAAUGUACUUUUAAUUUUCCCAAAAACAUUUUUGAUGUAUAGCACACCAGCAGAAAGAAGUGGAUGAAUAAACACUAGAAUCUACAGCCCCAGCGAUAAAGCAACAUCUGCCAUCUACAGACCUGAAGAAGCAUAUACAGAACGGAGGAACCAGCGAUUAUUGAUUGUCAGGGAUUUUUAAUGAAAUACUGUGUGAUUCUGAAGGCUGAACCAGUUCAACGACAAGUUGUUUGUACUUGUACUUUUAUAUGAUGAUUAACAGCUUUGCGACUCUACGCUGUAUGUACCGCACAUCUGCAUGUGUCACUUUAUUCAUAGCUCGAUGUUGCCUCUGGAUUGUUCAUAACUGCAAUGUGCGCUCUUCUGUUUAAUGGGUAGAGUCCAUUAUAUCGCCCAUCCUUAAUUCAGUCCAUUAGUCCAGUCACAGGCCAUCUUAGUGAACUUUUCGAGUGCAAUUAUAAAGGAACUGGAUGCAGUGAUAAACCACUUAUUGCAUACAACAAACCUGUGCAUUACAUGUUCCGUACUUAUUUUAUUUUUCUUCCUUAUGUUUUGGGUUACAUCAUUAGAACCACUCUGUGUUUGACAUAUAUUUAUGUAUGCUUCAUUACAGCAUUAACUGCAUGAUUUUAAAUGUGUUGUCAGUCUUACUUCAUUUAUAUUUCAGUUGAUUAUCUUAUCUUUUGUGCCUCACAAUAUCUGGCACUUUGGCCAGUUCACAGGGAGGUAUGGGUAAAGACGUUAGAAGUAAGUUUGCACAAUUGCGUACUGACAGCUUGAUAUCCAAUGCUUUGUUGCACGUGUCUCGCGCUUGCAAGAACAGCUUUCUCUUCCUGAAUGUGUUUCACAAAUAGCGUUUUACCUAUGCAUGAUACUAUAGUACAAUGAAAACUGACAUUUCUUAUGUUAUGAAUGAUUUUUUUUCUUUGUGGUACUGGUUUGUAAAUUUCUAGGUUGUUCAGUUAUUUAAGCAUUAAAAUGUAGCGCUAGAAUUGUUGGUUUAUGACAGCCUUGAGCAAUGCAAGAGAAUACGUGUAACCUUUGAAGGUUCUUUCUAAUGUGUUUUUCCAUUUUUGUAAGCCCUGAGUCCUUUGAAGUGCGGGCCACUGCUGAAAAAAAAAGACAGCUGUGAAUAGAAAUGUCUGCUGUAGGGUGAAAUGCAUUGCAGCUCAAGGAUGGAUGUAUCUAGGAUGUGAGAUCUACAUCUACAGUUCUUAAGUGCUGCACACUGAGUCUUUAAUAGUCAUUACAACUAUAAUAAACUUCCU